UUGAAUGCUGGGAAACUUGCCGAUCCGCCAUCUUUAUUUCUGGAGUGCUGCUGGGUCAAAACAUCAACCGUGAUUAAAUGAUUCUUUCUACGCUGUUCUGGUGAAUUUGUGUUCGGUGGGCGCGUUUCCGGCUCAUCGUUCAUUUGGCAAGUCGAUUUCGUAGACCUUUUAUUGUCCGCCAUCGUCUCGAGAGAGCGCUAAAGCGCUGGGUUAGCAUCGCCAUGGGCCGCUCCAGGAGCCGCAGCUCGUCCCGCUCCAAACACUCCAAAAGCAGCAAACACAGCAAAAAGAGAAGCCGCUCCAGGUCUCGCUCCAGAGACCGGGAAAGGUCCAAGAAGCGAUCCAAGUCGAGGGACUCGAAGAGGAACCGGCGCAGAGAGUCUCGGUCCAGGUCGCGGUCAAACACAGCCUCGUCCCGCAGAGAGAGAGCCGCUUCGCCGCCGGAGCGCAUCGACAUCUUCGGCCGCACACUCAGCAAGAGGAAUGCCCUGGACGAAAAGCAGAGGAAGGAGGAGGAAGAGCGGAAGGCAGAGAUGGAGAGGCAGAGGAGAAUCCGCCAGCAAGAGAUCGAGGAGAAGCUGAUCGAGGAGGAGACGGCGCGGCGGGUGGAAGAGCUGGUGGCCAAGCGCGUGGAGGAGGAGCUGGAGAAGCGCAAGGACGAGAUUGAGCGCGAGGUUCUGCGGCGUGUGGAGGAGGCCAAGCGCAUCAUGGAGCGCCAGCUGCUGGAGGAGCUGGAGCGCCAGAGGCAGGCCGAGCUCGCCGCCCAGAAGGCUCGAGAGGAGGAAGAGAAAUCCAAGCGAGAGGAGCUGGAAAAAAUCCUGGAGGAGAAUAACCGCAAGAUCGCUGAGGCUCAGGCCAAGCUGGCCGAGGACCAGCUGCGUAUCGUGGAGGAGCAGAGGAAGAUCCACGAGGAGCGCAUGAAGCUGGAGCAGGACCGUCAGAAGCAGCAGAAGGAGGAGCAGAAAAUGAUCCUGGGCAAAGGGAAGUCGCGGCCCAAACUCUCCUUCUCGCUCAAGGCCACCGAAUAAGCCUCCGCCCCGCCCCUCUCAUCACUUCCUCCUCUGUGGAACGAUCGCUUCGUUUUGGAAGUGCGUCAGGAUGGCGAGGAACGUGCUGGCUCCGCCUCCCCCCCCCUUCCUGUUCCGGCUGCACAGACUUCCCUUUUCGGUUCUGUUUUAGUGACCUGUUGAUGUAGACCCUUGCCCUGGACCUUCGAGUCUUAACUCUGCAGCGACCAGACGAGUCAGAGUCCGGGAGUCGGCCAUUUUGAACCACCGUCGACGGAGCUCGCCGGUGCCGUUCCCACGCUGCUCGCGAGCCCCAAACCUGUCUGGAGAGUCACUUCCUGUCUGAUGUAACGUCUCCGCUGUGAUGUGCUGACUCCGCCCCUUCUUGAAUACUUGAGCUUGUUUAUCACAAACGUGAAGUGUACAAAUGUGGUCAUGAACCUUUGCUCGUGAGGACGGACCAGUUCAGGUAAGGUCAGUCAGGAGGUCUCCCCGAGUGUGUUUGAGGGUGUGUGUGUGUGUGUGCGUGCGUGCGUCUGUGAGUGUGGCGGGGGGCCUCGGGAGGGUGUUUUUGUGCUGGGGUUUUUGAGUCCUUGUAAUUUGCGCGCCAUUAUCAGAGACUGAACCGUCAAUAAACCAUGGAAAACCUGCCCUGAUGUGCCGUGCGCUUCUUCUGCUGCUCUGCUCCGAGUCCCCUGCGCAGGACACCAGCCUGGGUCUCAG